CUGGAAAUCUGGAAUUCCCAAUAAAACAAUACCACUAUUAACAGCUUCAGUUCAAAUAAAAACUGAACCCAACCAAAUAGAGGAGAUUGGUUCUCGAUCCUUGUCUUAGGCUGCUGCUACUGAUUUCCACGAUGAGCCUUGUGAGCGAUUCUCCGGUGAACUCCUCCAGCAGCGACGACUUCGCCGCGUUUCUUGAUGAUGCUCUCGAUUCCGGCGAUUCUUCCCAAUCCUCACCGGACGACGACGACGAAGACAACGACAAGAGCAAUCACAAUGACCCGGAAGCCCAACUUCCCAAUGACCUUGAUACCCAAAGGGUAAAAAGGCGCAAAGUGGCGGAGGAGUUAGAAAACAUAGAGGAACUUCAAGCGUCAACUUCACAAUCAUCCUUAGAACAAACAUUAGAGGCAUCCAAAAAGAAGGAUGAGUGUACACAUCCUGGUUCUUUUGGAGAAAUGUGUAUACUAUGUGGGCAAAGGUUGCAGGCGGAAUCUGGUGUGACAUUUGGAUACAUUCACAAGGGACUAAGGCUUCAGAAUGAUGAAAUUGCCAGAUUGAGAAACACAGACAUGAAGAAUUUAUUGCGCCAUAAGAAGCUUUACUUGGUUCUUGAUUUAGAUCAUACGCUGCUUAAUUCUACUGAGCUUAGAGAUAUGACAUCAGAAGAAGAAUAUUUAAAGAGCCAAACAGAUUCUCUGCAAGAUGUCUCAAAAGGCAACCUUUUCAUGUUGAACUAUAUGCAUAUGAUGACGAAGCUAAGGCCCUUUGCUCGCACAUUUUUAAAAGAAGUAAGUGAAAUGUUUGAGAUGUACAUUUACACAAUGGGUGAUCGGGCCUAUGCAUUGCAAAUGGCUAAGCUGCUUGAUCCUCAAAGAGAGUACUUCAGUUCUAGAGUGAUUUCACGUGAUGAUGGCACCCAGAAACAUCAAAAGGGUCUUGAUAUUGUGCUUGGGCAAGAAAGUGCUGUUCUGAUUCUUGAUGAUACAGAACAUGCAUGGACAAAGCACAAGGAGAAUUUGAUAUUAAUGGAAAGAUACCUUUUCUUCGCUUCAAGUUGUCGUCAAUUUGGCUUCAAUUGUAAAUCUCUUUCUGAAUUGAAGAGUGAUGAAAGUGACACUGAUGGAGCACUUGCAACAGUUCUUGAAGUUCUCAAGCAAAUCCAUAAAAUGUUCUUUGAUGAACUCAAGGACAAUCUAGUUGAUAGAGAUGUGAGGCAGGUGCUGAAAACCGUUAAGAAGGAAAUUCUGAAGGGGUGUAAAAUUGUCUUCAGCCGUGUGUUUCCCACCAAAUAUCAAGCUGAAAAUCACCAUCUAUGGAAGAUGGCGGAACAGCUGGGAGCUACUUGUGCGACAGAGCUUGAUUCAUCUGUGACGCAUGUGGUCUCAAAUGAUGUUGGAACAGAGAAGUCUCGGUGGGCAGUGAAACAUAAUAAGUUUUUGGUCCUUCCACGGUGGAUAGAGGCAGCAAAUUAUAUGUGGCAAAAGAAACCUGAAGAGAACUUUUCUGUCAAACCCAAUGAAGAGCCAAUAACUCCUGUUUGUAGCAAUGCUAACAGCUAACGCUCGGUAAUGAUACAGCAGUUUGGGAACUUGGGCUACUCUUCAGUAUUGUAGGCCAUUUCCUUGACUAUCUUACUUACUCAGUGCCCAGAAAGGCUAAGGGCUAACCAUUUUGUUAUAAAACUUUGAAUAGUAUUUUGCUUCAUAGAAAAGCUGGAUGCAGGUUUGAUGAUUUUAAAUCACUUAAUAGGUUCAAAAAAAUUAACUAGUGGUGGACUAAUUGGAACAGUGAAUGCUGGAUCCUGAUCUAUUCUUGUUGUAUAUAAACUAUCUAGGUGCUGUUUUAGAGAGAUUCGAAGUAACUAGGCUUUAUAUUACUGUUGAGCAGCUACGUUCUUGUUUACAAUUGGAUGCCAAUUGUAUUAAGAAGUAAUAUUUGUUUUUCUUUAACUAAUUUUGGACAAACCACACUUUGGUUCUUCCAACAAUGUGACUAAUUUUAAUUUCAUCCCUUUACAUUUGAUUGUGUCAA